UAGCAUGAAAUGAUUUCGACCCACGAGCUGCAAAUGUGUGUCUCCUCCACUUCUCUCGCAACAAAUGUAUUCCACCCCUCUCUCUCUCUUUCCUUUUUAAAACCUGUUGCGCUUUGGCUUCCAUAGGGGUGUUCGGAAAUCUCGCCCCUCCGGUAUUCGACCCAUUUCCAAGACUGGGUUGGGUCAUCUUUCACCAUAUUUCCGGCGAUGGGUUGUGUCAGCUCCAAGAAAAUAAGGUGCGAUUCUCCGCUUUACGAGGAUGUCCGCUCCGUCUCCUGCCUCGGCAGCAGCAAACGGCGGUCUAACAACAUUAAGGAGGAGCUGGACGAGGCCGCCGCGGUGGAACUGGUGAAAGCGGAGGCAGACGAGGAAUCGGAGAGGAACAAGAGAUGCGACCGCGAAGACACCUCCUCGCAGUUGAAGAAGCAUGUUCCCCGGAGGCAGUCCCAAGGGGAGCUCGUCGCGGCCGGCUGGCCCGUCUGGCUCACCACCGUCGCAUCCGAGGCUAUCGAUGGGUGGGUGCCUUUGAGAGCCGAUGCGUACGAGAGAUUGGAUAAGAUUGGGCAAGGGACGUAUAGCAAUGUGUACCGCGCUCGUGAUCUGAAGAGCAACAAGAUUGUGGCGGUGAAGAAGGUUCGUUUCGACAAUUUCCAAGCCGAGAGCGUGAGGUUCAUGGCUCGCGAGAUCAUGAUUUUACGCAUGCUGGAUCACCCGAACGUGAUGAAGCUGGAGGGGAUUAUUACUUCCAGAUUGUCAUCUACGAUUUACCUAGUGUUCGAGUACAUGGAGCACGAUCUCGCGGGCCUCUUGUCGUGUCCGGACAUCACUUUCUCAGAGUCACAGGUGAAAUGCCUGAUGCGGCAGGUUUUGAGCGGGCUGGAUCACUGCCAUUCCCGGGGAAUUAUGCAUCGGGACAUCAAGUCAUCCAAUAUAUUGGUCAAUAAUCAAGGAGUGUUGAAGAUUGCUGACUUUGGGCUUGCUUAUUUCACCAGGCCUAAGACCCGGGAACCACUAACCAACCGCGUUGUCACUCUCUGGUACCGUCCCCCCGAGCUGCUCCUAGGCUCCACCAACUAUGGAGGCGAGGUCGAUCUCUGGAGUGUGGGUUGUGUCUUCGCUGAGCUAUUCAUGGGAAGGCCUAUUCUCAAGGGCAGAACCGAGGUGGAGCAACUGCACAAGAUCUUCAGGCUAUGCGGGACACCACCGGAGGAGUACUGGAGAACAUCCCGGCUGCCCUUAGCAAGUAUGUUCAAGCCACAGAAUCCAUACGACAGCAUGCUGAGAGAGAGGUGCAGCGAGCUUCCCAAAGGCGCCGUGGAUCUCAUAGAGUCACUGCUAGCCAUACAGCCGGCCAAGCGCGGGACGGCUGCUUCUGCUCUCGACUCUGAGUAUUUCAAGAUGAGGCCGUACCCGUGUGAUCCGUCGAGCAUGCCCAAAUUCCCCCCGAACAAAGAGAUGGAUGCUAAAGCCAGAGAAGACGAGAGAAGGAUGAAAGGACUUUCAUCAAGCUCAAGGAGACUGCGAAAGGAAUCUAGUGACUUGUGCAGAGCGGUCGGGCGUAGGAACAAUAAUAACAAGCAGUCCUUGGACACGAAAUCGGACGUCUCAGCAGCGUCCAUCAGCACACAGGACUCAAUCACCAGCACUAAAUCUGUGCCCGUAGCCAUUGCUCAACGCAGCAUAUCCCAGAAAUCGCUUGAACCUUCGCCCCUCGUAUCCGCUAGGUCUCAACUAAGACUGCACCGCCCCGGAGGAUCCUUCGACUCGGCUGAAAUAUCUGAUAUGCCCCAAUUUUCCGAGAAUGAUCAACCACGUCUUUCACUUCGUAGAUCGCGUUUCCACAAGGAUUAAUUCUCUCCUCUCCUUUCCAAAUGCGAACCCCCAUUUUUUGCUGAUAACUCACACAGAAUGAACUUGUCCCUAUUUUCUUCUUCUGCAUUUCCAACUCAACUGUAUAUUCAUUCCUUUCGUUUUUCCUUCUUGUAAUCACAUAACAUCAAAUGUAGUUUAGCUGAGUCUUUUUUAACUCAGUAAUGGUUAGUGUCUCAGAUAAUUUUUUGGAUA